AACAGCAGGGAUGACAAGACUAGCGAUGACCGACUUUGCGAGAAAUGCAAACAGUUUGAAACAAAAUCGCUGUUUUUGUCAUCCCGUCAUAACAACAGCUGACCUACAUAUCAAAAUCCCGUUUAAUUUGCCAUCGGUAUGUCAUCGAGAGAAGAGCCUUGACCUUUCAGUCGAUCGGCCUGUAAACAGUGCUUCUCACUGUGUGGCAGACGGAGGAGACCACAGCUGGGUUGAUCCCUGUCGUUGAAGAAACUUAGAAGUCUGUGCAUCCAAAAUGGCCGAGCAAGUGUAUGACGUCAUCGUGAUAGGUUCGGGAGUGAUGGGGUCUUCCACGGCUUACAGUCUCGCGAAGAAGGGAAGGAAGACCCUUAUCCUGGAGCAGUUCCCCAUCCUACACUCCAGAGGGAGUUCCCAUGGCCUCAGUCGGAUGACCAAACUCGGCUACAGGGAACAGUACUACACCCACAUGAUGGUUAACUCCUUCAAGAUGUUGGCCGAGCUGGAGAGAGAGACGGGAACAGAAUUGUGGAUAAACUGUGGAGCUCUUGGUAUUGGUCCUGAGAAUGAUGAUUACUUGUGUGAUGUCAAGAAGGCUCUGACCAAUGUGGGUGGUGCUGUGGAUGUCCUUGCCGAUGAGGAGCUGAAGAAGAGGUACCCCAUGUUGUCCUACCCACAAGACCAUGUCGGGUUGUUAGAUCACAAAGGGGGACUCCUCAAGGCCGACUGUAUUCUGAGAGGUUUGCAGACGGUGUUCCGCCAGCGAGGCGGUGAAAUACGUGACUGUGAGCCUGUGAUGGCCAUCCACCCCGGGGCAACAGUGACGGUGACGACGUCCAAGGGGACGUACGAGGCUGCUAGUGUUGUCAUUGCUGCAGGUUCCUGGGCAGACAAGAUUCUCGGCCCACUUGGACUCAGUCUGCCUCUCACAAUACAGAGGGUGACAGUGUGUUACUGCAGGGAACUAAAUCCAGGUAGCCACUCCCCCGACCAUCUUCCCUGCUUCGCUGAACUCUAUGGCAGUCCUCCUUAUGAAAUGUGGGGGCUGCCUAGCUAUGAAUAUCCUGGUUUUGCCAAGUUUGGACUACACUCUGGCCCCGAGAUCUCGCCCGACACACGAGACCAGCCAGACGGGAAGUGGGUCACCGAUCGAGUCACGGCAUAUGUAAAGGAACAUUUCCCUGGCCUGGAGCCGACACCAUCUAUCACAGAACAGUGUAUCUACACGAUGACUCCUGAUGAGGACUUCAUCAUGGACUACCACCCGCAGCAUCACAGCAUCGUCGUUGCAGCCGGAUUCUCAGGCCAUGGAUUCAAACUGGCACUUGUCGUGGGAGACGCUCUCAGUGACAUGGCCAUGGGCCAGGUACCAAAAUAUGACAUGAAGCCUUUCAAGAUCGCUCGGUUCCAAGACGCUUCCAGCCAAUAGUCAAAGACUCAUUCGAUGGAGUAUUGUCCUGCGAUAUCAUAAAUUAACUGUAUGUGUUCGUUCUGGGCUCACGAUGUGAAAUGUUCAGUCCAUUUGUAGAUGCUAAGAUACAGCAAUAGGUCAGUGAGUGAGUUAAGUUUACGCCAUUCUUUUAGCAAUAGUCUAUAGCUAGCAAUAUCUCGGCAGGGGACUCCAGAAAAAUGGGCUUCACACAUUGUGCCCUUGUGGGGAAUCGAACCCUGGUCUUUGGCGUGACGAGCGAGCGUUUUAACAACUAGGCUACCCCAUCGUCCAUACAGCAAUAGCAGAAUGCACGAACAGGUAUUAUUUUGUGUGUGUGCAUGCGUGCAAGUGUGUGUGCCUGUGAGCGUGAUCAUAUAAACCUCAAGAGAAAUAAAUUUGUUA